AUGAAUGUUCCAAGGGCUGGUUAUGUGCAGACUGCACAGUUGCCCAUGAUUCGUGUGGACCCAUGCAAUCGUUGUGCAGCCAUGUUGAUCUUCAGCCGGACCAUUGCGAUAAUUCCUUUCCGGAAGGAUGCAACAACUGAUGAACCAGAGUCUGGCAUAACCUUUGGAAACAAGCCUUUUUUGUUGGACUGGUAUCCAGUAGCACUUACUGAACUGGAGGAGAAGGUGAACAAUAUUAUUGACAUGCAGUUUCUGCAUGGCUAUUAUGAGCCCACAUUGCUCAUCUUGUAUGAACCUCUACGGACAUGGCCAGGGCGGAUUGCCAUCCGACAGGACACAUGCUGUAUCCUGGCUCUUUCAUUGAACUUACAACAGCGAGUGCACCCAGUGAUCUGGUCUUACACAAACCUUCCCUUCGACUGCCUGCGAGUGCUAGCUGUACCCAGACCACUUGCACUCGGCAAGGAUGACAAGAGGCAGACUGAGUGCCGUUGA